GAUAGUAGCCGCCCUUUACCCAAUCAAAACUGAACCACUUCUCUCCCGGGAAAAAAACCCACCGCCGGGAUCGUCUUGUAUUCGCCGGCGUCUGGAGCGGAGGAGUCAGAACCCUUCUGUUUCGGGGCAUUUUUGCUGGGGCAGAAUGGAAUUAGUGGGAACUGAAAGUUUCUGCCUUUAUUCAUUAGUCUAAUGACCCAAAGUUUCAUCCUUCCAUGCCUGACUCGAAUGAUGUGAAUCCAUAGCAAAAGACACAAAGGCAGGAUUUUGAAGUGUUUCCCUUAAACCCUUUCUAAUCCCCCCUGCCGCCAUUGGAACACUCCCAAGUCUCGACCUUUUUCCUACAAACAGUUAUUCAGAGAGAGCAAUGAGAAGAUGGGUCGCUAAGAACCUUCUGUCUCGUGCCGUUCCCUUUCAAAUCUCUCAUUCCUCGAUUGCCACUCCCUUCUCCCCUUCUCUUCCGAUUCUCGGCCCCAGAUUGCUCUCAACUUCUCCCCACGACACUCUAGAAGGUUUGGUCGACCCCGAGGACCCUUUUUUGCUGGAGAGUUGGCGGCCGGCGGAAUCGAUUUCGGGCGAAGAAUUCGCUCUUCUACGGGAUUCUUUGUUGAACCCUGAUUCUGCUGGAUGGCAGCGGUCGGGGCCAGCAGGUAAGUAUUCAGACGAGGCAUUUCUAGUUGUUGAUGCAAUCUCGACUUGUAAUGAUCAGUUCGGGAAAGAAACCCAGAAGUUGCUUAGGCAGCAUAGGGACAAGUUAAGCGAAACUCUGGUUAUUGAGGUUUUGAAUUUGGUCAAGAGUCCUGAAUUGGGCGUUAGAUUCUUCAUAUGGGCAGGUCGGCAAAUUGGGUAUUCGCAUAGUUUGGCUGUGUACAAUGCGUUGCUAGAGUUGCUGCAGAGGAAUAACCAUAGUAGUACUGAUGGUAGAAUACCGGAGCAAUUCUUGCUGGAGAUUAGAAAUGAUGAUAAGGAAGUACUUGGAAAAUUGCUUAACGUGUUGAUUCGCAAGUGUUGUCGAAACGGUUUGUGGAAUGCUGCUUUGGAGGAGCUAGGUAGACUUAAGGAUCAUGGCUACAAGCCAUCAAGAUCCACUUAUAAUGCUUUGGUUCAAGUGUUUCUGAAAGCAGAACGGUUAGAUACUGCUUCGCUGGUUCAUCGGGAAAUGUCAGGUUUAGGGUACACCAUGGAUGGUUAUACUUUAGGCUGUUUUGCGCAUUCUCUUUGUAAAGCUGGGAAGUGGAGAGAGGCCUUGAAGUUGAUCGAGGACCAGGAGUUCAAACCUGAUACUGUGCUGUUCACCAACAUGAUAUCUGGACUGUGCGAAGCAUCACAAUUUGAAGUAGCCAUGGAUUUCUUAACCAGGAUGCGUGUGUAUUCUUGUAUUCCAAAUGUAUUGACCUUCAGGAUUUUGCUAUGUGGGUGCUUGAAGAAGAAGCAGCUCGGUAGGUGUAAGAGAAUUAUCAGCAUGAUGAUCACAGAAGGUUGUUAUCCGAGUCCAGCCAUUUUUAACUCUUUGGUUCAUGCUUAUUGCAAGUCUGGAGAUUAUGCUUAUGCCUAUAAGCUUCUUAAGAAGAUGCCAAAAUGUGGGUGCCAACCGGGGUAUGUAGUUUACAACAUUUUCAUUGGCAGUAUUUGUGGUAAUCAGGAGAUGCCUGAUAUGAGUGUACUGGAGUUGGCUGAGAAGGCGUACAAGGAAAUGCUUGAUACAGGGGUUGUACUGAAUAAGGUUAAUGUUAGCAAUCUUGCAUUGUGUCUUUGCUAUGCUGGGAAAUUUGAGGAGGCGUAUAGUGUCAUUAGCCAAAUGAUGAGCAAGGGGUUUAUUCCUGAUACCAGUACGUACUCCAAUGUCAUUACUUAUCUUUGUAAUGCAAACAAAGUAGAAAAGGCUUUCCUAUUGUUUCAACAAAUGAAAAGAGAUGGUGUCCCACCGGAUGUUUAUACUUAUACGACAUUGAUUGAUAGUUUCUGUAAGGCUGGUCUACUGGAACAGGCUCACAGGUGGCUCAAUGAAAUGGAGAAAGAUGGUUGUGCCCCUAAUGUAGUAACUUACACAGCUCUUAUUCACGCUUACCUUAAAGCAAGGAAGGUCUCCGCUGCCAAUGAAGUUUUCGAGGUAAUGCUGUCUAAGGGUUCAGUUCCUAAUGUUGUUACAUAUACAGCCUUAAUCGAUGGGCAUUCUAAAGCAGGUGACAUUGAAAAGGCUUGCCAGAUAUAUGCAAGAAUGAAGAAGGAUAAGGCAGAAAAUUCAGAAAUAGACUUAUAUUUUAGGGUUGAUAGAACAGAUUCCGAGGAACCCAAUCUGUUCACAUAUGGAGCUCUGGUCGAUGGCCUGUGCAAAGCUCACAAGGUCAAAGAGGCACGUGACUUGCUAGAAGCAAUGUUGGCAAAAGGUUUUCAGCCCAAUCAUAUAAUAUUUGAUGCCCUUAUAGAUGGAUGUUGUAAGGUUGGCAAUCUAGAUGAAGCACAAGAAGUGUUUACCAUGAUGAUCGAGCAUGGUUACAAUGCAAAUGUAUAUACAUACAGCUCAUUGAUAGACAGGUUGUUUAAAGAUAAAAGAUUAGAUCUUGCCUUGAAAGUCUUGUCCAAAAUGCUCGAGAAUUCUUGUGCCCCUAAUGUUGUUAUCUAUACUGAGAUGAUCGAUGGUCUGUGCAAAGUUGGAAAGACUGACGAAGCAUAUAAACUUAUGGUCAUGAUGGAAGAAAAGGAGUGUUUUCCAAAUGUAGUGACCUAUACAGCAAUGAUUGAUGGCUUUGGGAAAUUGGGAAGAGUUGAUAAAUGCCUUUUGUUAUUGCAAAAGAUGACUUCCAAGGGCUGUGCUCCGAAUUUUGUCACUUACAAGGUCUUGAUAAAUCAUUGUUGUGCAGCUGGUCGUUUGGAUGAGGCUCUUAAGCUUCUGCAAGAGAUGAAAGAGACCCACUGGCCAAGGCAUGUAGCAGGAUAUCGUAAAGUGGUCGAAGGUUUCAGUAGAGAUUUUGUUGCUUCUCUGGGGCUGUUGGAUCAGCUGGGUGAGAAGGAAUCCGUGCCAGUUUCCCCUAUUUACAGGGUUCUGAUAGACAAUUUUGCUAAGGCUGGAAAGCUAGAGAUAGCUCUAGAAUUGUACAAAGAAGUCUCGUCUAUUUUGUCAUCAUCAGAUGCUAACCGGAGCAUGUAUAUUUCUUUGAUUGAGAGCCUUGCACUUGCAAAUAAGGUUGAUAUGGCUUACGAGUUGUAUGCAGACAUGAUAGGGAAAGGUAUUGUUCCGCAGCUAGACACAUUUGUUCACCUUAUCAAGUGUCUUCUGAGAUCAAACAAGUGGGAUGAAACAUUGCAGUUGUUAGAUGGCAUUUGCCAGAAGGGUGGACUUACUGCCAUUGAAGGAGGUUGGAUUCCUCCUCCUCUUCGAAGUGAACCAUCUUUUGAAGAUUGAAGCAGUAAGAUUCAAUGCGUACUAUGUGAAGAAGCAAACUGGUGCGCUAGCACCGGAAGUUCAAUGUAGGCAGACCACUGGUUGAUAGUCGACUUCUGUGCAGUAACACAGAACUUAUUGGGAAAAACUAUCAUCAAGAACGGUUUCAUGAUCAGGGUUGUUAAGCCUGCUGCCUGCUGAGCUCACUUAGGUGGUAUGUGAAGGCUACUUUAAGAUAGUGUAGCUUUCCAGUUUCUCCCUCUUAUGAAUGCAUGUGUCAUUGGCAGGCAGUAAUGUCUAUCACUCAGAGGGUGCAAGAUGAUAGAAGAGCAAGCAAACGAAAGCCUGAAAGAGCCUGUUGUGGAAGCGAAUCACUCCUGGUGUAUAAAAUACCUUAUCGUCCAAAUGGUUCUGGAGACCCUUUUUCUCCAAUAUGGCAUCAGAGAUUUGAGAGUCAAAAGUAAUGGCAGAGAUGGAUUUUAGAAACUUGGUUUCAUGGUUCCAGUAAGUCUCUAUUCCGCUUCUACUUAAGCUGCAUAUUACAACACCAGGCAUCCUUUCAGAUGGAUUGCUUAGUGCUUGUUCUUCUCCCUGUUUUAAUGUGAUCUGCUGCCUCUAUCAGGUUGAGACAUCAUGGUGACCACUAAUACCUUUGAUGACCUUGCCAAGCAUCUAUGCCGAGUCUUCCAAGUCCGACGGCAAAACAAGUUGUAUGUAAAGAAGGUACACCCGUCUGAGCCCAGCCUACAUGGUGGUUUAGUCUGGACGAAAGGAGUUUCAGGUGACUGUGCUCCCGACAUGAUUUUUCUUUGUUGAGAUGGUGGUAGGCCAAGGACUAGUUAGCAACCUGAUGAUGCAUGAUUCGUUCUAUGUUGAAAUGGUGGCUGGUGAAGGAGCCAUUAGCAGCGUGAGUAAUGGAUUUGAAUUUGGUUUGCAGGUCUGUUUUAGCACUGACAGACACAGGCAAUGCCAAAAUGAUUGACUCGGCCUAGUUGCUUUUUUUGUGGCUGCGGUUGUUGUAGUUGCUGUAAUUUUGAGGCUAAUGCUGAUGACCAGACCUUGAUAUAUCAAUCAUCUGCAUAGCUCAUGUAAAGUAAGUUCAUAUAUAUGUUAUUAAUAAGCACCAUUUUUCAUCUUUGUCUGCAUAAAAUACAGCAAUUUGA